GGCGUCAUGUCCGGAAUGUUAGCCCGUGACACAGGAAGUAAAGUCCGGUUAGCAGAAGAAGUAGGUUGUUAUUCGGCAGUUUGCUGUUUAGUUCAUCAAGCAGUUCAUAAAAUUUGUUAGUAUUAUUUUCUUCAUUCAGCAUGUUGAUCAAAGUCAAGACUCUCACUGGAAAAGAAAUAGAGAUUGACAUUGAACCCACAGAUAAGGUGGAGCGGAUUAAAGAAAGGGUGGAAGAGAAGGAAGGGAUCCCACCGCAGCAACAGAGACUCAUCUACAGUGGAAAACAGAUGAAUGAUGAGAAGACGGCAGCAGACUACAAGAUCCAGGGAGGCUCAGUGCUCCAUCUUGUGCUGGCACUAAGAGGAGGAUCAACAAACCACAGUUGCUGCUUACCCCUGUCCUCUACGUCAUGAGUCGCUGUCAUCAUGGGGGGCCGACCGAGUGCCAACGCUUUAGGUGUCCAUCACCGUCUAUAACCAUGUUACAGCACAGAAAUCUGAAAUCCUCCGCUCCCAGGCCGACGGAAACGAGAAAACAACAACAACAACAAAAAAUAAACCGGAAACAUAAAGAAGAAAAAAAGAAAAAAAAAAAGAAGAAAAAAGGACGUUCUAAUUCCUUUGUACAUGUUUUUGAAAUCCCACACUGGCUUUCUGAGUUUGACCAGUUAAUGCAGGCACCCAUGAAGAGACAGUUUGACAACACUGUGGUCUUUUUGCUUGUGAAUAAAUGAUGAAGUUGA